GAAGUACCUCUUUGUUCCCGGCGAAAAUUUUAUAAAGCAAGAAAAUAUAAGAAUUUUGUGAUUUUUUUAAUCAAAAUGAGUGGCGGGGUUUAUGGAGGAGAUGAGGUUGGUGCUAUCGUUUUUGAUAUUGGUUCCUAUUCAUUUCGUGCAGGGUAUGCUGGAGAAGACACACCAAAGACUGAGAUGCCUACCCAUGUAGGAAUAGUUGAUGAUAUAGAAACAGCAAUGGAAACAGAGGGGGGUGAGGUCAAACCCCCAGAACGUAAACACUAUAUGGAUACUAUUCAUAUUAAAGUCCCUAGAAAGAAGAUGGAUAUGGUCAGUUUUUUGAAAGAUGGAAUGAUUGAUAAUUGGGAUGUAUUUGAGAAAGUAACAGAAUAUGUUUAUGAAAGACAUAUAAGAUCUGAUUCUGAGUUACAUCCAGUCAUGAUGUCUGAACCAGCUUGGAACACGAAAGAAAAACGAGAAAAAAUAACAGAAAUAAUGUUUGAAAAAUAUAACGUACCAGCUUUCUUCUUGUGUAAAAGUCCAGUUUUAUCUGCAUUCGCUAAUGGUCGUGGUACAGCGUUAAUAUUAGAUAGUGGAGCAACUCAUACCUCUGCGGUACCAGUUUAUGAUGGUUAUGUCUUACAGCAUGGAAUAGUGAAGUCACCUCUAGCUGGAGAUUUUGUAACAGUGGAAUGUCGUAAAUUGAUGGAAGAAUUAAAUAUUGAAGUCAUUCCACCAUAUUUAAUCGCUGGCAAGGAAGAAGUAAAAGAAAAUGAACCUGCCAAAUGGAAAAGAAAAGAUGUCUGUGAGGUUACAAAAUCAUUCCAUAAUUAUAUGGUCAAGGAUGUCUUACAAGAUUUUGCCGCGUCCGUUUUAAAUGUUGCAGAUCAACCUUAUGAUCAGGAAUCAGUAGAUUCCAUGCCAUUAUUUCACUAUGAUUUCCCUAAUGGAUAUAAUUGUGAUUUUGGUUCGGAGAGAUUCCGAGUGUGUGAAGGACUGUUUGAUCCUUCUAUUAUUAAGGAUAUACCUGGGAAUACAAUGUUAGGAGCUGGACAUGUUGUAACAACUAGUGUAGGGAUGUGUGAUAUAGAUUGUAGACCAAGUUUAUAUGGUAGUGUCAUAGUAUCGGGAGGGAAUACAUUACUAGGAGGUUUUACAGAGAGAUUAAACAGAGAUCUUAGUGCUAAAACACCACCUUCUAUGAGGUUGAAGAUUAUAGCAGCUACUAGUACGGCUGAGAGAAGAUUUAGUGCUUGGAUUGGUGGCUCUAUCUUAGCCUCUUUGGGGGCGUUCCAACAGAUGUGGAUCUCAAAACAGGAAUAUGAUGAGGGGGGUAAGGGUUGUGUAGAGAGAAAAUGUCCCUAGAAAUUUCAACAUUAUGAUGUGUAUAAAUCUGAAGACUUAAAAUACUGAGGGACAAUAUUACUGCAAAAAAUCGAAUUGAUAAUGGAUCAUCUUGUUUUGGCAACUGUUUUCAGGGUUUUGGAUAUUAAGUUCAUCACCAGGACAGCUUGAAAUUAUGUGAUUUUCAGGGAUGUCAAAUGACUCCAGUACAUUUUAAAUUAUAGCCAGUCAUAACGACUUCUUAAUAAACAUUUAAGAGUCUAGGGCCAGACAUACCUGGCAAAUAUAACCAAAUCAAAAACCCUUAAUAAAAGUUAUAUCCUA